UUUGGUGCAUUUCUCAGACGAGCUCUUUCUCAUCGUCAGUUAUCGCAUCAGACGGCACUUCCUAUGCAGCAGUUAUCCUCACUGAAAAAGGAAAAGACUCCAACCAGGAAUGGUGUCCUCGCGCUCGGAGCGUCCCGCAGCACAACUCCACUUGAAUGUCGGUGCCGCACCGCCAUCCUCGCACUGGCCUGGCCGAGAUGGAGAAGGACGCCGCGGAAGCGCAGCCAGCCCGCCAGCGGAACGGCUUCGUAGGCAUGCUUUAUGGGGAGUUUUCAGACACACUCGACAACAAGGUACGGUACUCCGUGAGCCUGACGGAGAGCGUCCUGACCAUUCAGAGGAUCUCCUCGUCCCCCGGCCGGACUAAGGUGGUCUUCAACUUGACGGACUGCGUGGGCUGCCGGGCGUACAGAGGAGCUGACAGCGCGGAUGUAGGCGCCUACUUUACCGCCUAUUUCUACCCCUUCAAACGGCGCUGGAUGAGCGCCGGGGUAGCCCGGCAGAGAGUGGAGCAGUGCUUUCGAGUGGCGCUGGUCCAGGACGCCCGGACCAACCUGUGCGAGGCUGAGAGGUGGGCUUGUGCCAUCAGGAAUGCCUCUGUGCAGCAGGCGCCCCGCAAAGACGUUGCCUUCAAUUGCCUUCAAUGGAGGAUCUUGUACAGACAGAGGGCGCCAUUAUGUUUCUCUGGUGUCACAAACUCUGAGGUACGGCGGCCUUGCAGAGUCAUGAUACUGGUGAACCCACUCAGUGGACGUGGCCAGGCUCUCCAGCUCUUCACCGGCCACCUGCAGGGCAUGCUCACUGAAGCUGCAGUCCCAUACACACUUGUCAUCACAGAGCACCAGAACCACGCACGGGAGCUGGUGAAGAAGGCGGACCUGUCACAAUGGGAUGCUCUGGUUAUCAUGUCGGGAGAUGGGCUGCUCUUUGAGGUGAUAAAUGGUCUGAUGGAGCGUGACGACUGGCAAGAGGCGAUCCAGACCCCUCUGGGGAUUCUCCCGGGUGGCUCUGGCAACGCCCUGGCUGCCUCUAUCCACCACUACUCUCAGUCACCCCCUGCGUGGAAUGAAGAACUGCUUCUGAGUUGUGGUUUCAUGUUGUGCAAGGGUGUGGUCGGUUCCUUGGACUUGGUGUCGAUCCACUUGGCUUCCAAACAGCGCGUCUUCUCCUUCCUGUCCCUGGCCUGGGGCUUCGUGGCCGACGUGGACAUCGAGAGUGAGAAGUACCGCCACGUCGGCGCAAUCCGCUUCCUGAUGGGCACCCUGGUGCGCCUGGCCACUCUCCGAGUGUAUCAGGGGAGGUUGGCGUACCUGCCUGUGAAGGAGAAGUCGGACCUUCCUUCGACGCCUCAGCUCCCCUCGAUGUGCUCCUCCCUCCCCUGCCAGCUCAUCCCAAACUCUUCCCCGACACACAACCUGCAUCGCCAUUGCAAUGCAAACUCCAACCAAAACACCAUCAGCAACUCCUCCAUUAAUGCUAGAAGAGUCAAAACUCCCUGUGAUGGCAAAACCCGAGCGCCCCUGGACUGUUUGCUACCUGGACUCGACCAACCGGUCCCAGAGAGCUGGACCUCUGUCAAGGCGGAGGACUUCGUCUUGGUCCUGGCAAUUUACCAGUCUCACCUGGCCGAGGACUUGUGGGCAGUCCCCGGUGCCAUGGCGGACGACGGAAUCAUCCACCUCUUUUACGUGACUGCCGGAAUCUCCCGCCCCGCCCUCCUGCGCCUCUUCCUGGCCAUGGAGAAAGGAGCACAUUUAGCAUGCGGCUGCCCACACCUGGUCUACGAGAAGGUGCAGGCGCUGCGGCUGGAGCCCAUCUCUCGGGAGGGUGUGAUCACAGUGGAUGGAGAGACGGUAGAAUACGGGCCGGUUCAGGCUCAAAUCCACCCCGGACUGGCCAGACUCAUAUAUGGAUGAAGGCAGAUUAUGUUAAUCCUCUGUCUGGAAAGCUUUCAAGUUUGGCCUUUUCACUCAGUGUUGAUCUCUUUAUGCUGUGUUUUCAUAAGUGCCAAAGACAUUUAAUCAGCCUCUGAGAAUUCCUCUAUUUUUCUACUGAAAGAAGUUGUCCUCUUUUUUUAAACCCCCCAUACCCGUCCCUGCUCCCACCUUUUGGAUUCAGGGUCCAAGCCAUGGAUUAUUGUCCUUCACUGCUGGCUGGUCCCAGCGUAACUGCUUGAGAGACUGUGUACACCAUAGUGAGAUCCUCACACAUUUGUGUAAAUUUACUAUAAUGUAUGUGCGCGACCGUACAUGAGGAGCUUUGGCACAUUGUUGCCAUGGCAGACGAGUGCAUUGUGCACUCUGUUCUCAUCAGCGCCGCACACAUGAAGACAAGCACACUUCACCAUCCGCGAAGAUUCUUCGGGGAAUAACUGAAGCCUCUGACAGCGCAGGAAGACAUCCAUAGGAAUAAUUUGACUCAUCUUGGUGUAUUUUAUGGAAAGAAACUUGGACAAAAGUAGACCUAAACAUACAGUGAGCAUCAAAUUGUCUUUACUCUGACCUCGCUCAUCUGCCGUCUUCAUUAGACUGGAGGGACUGAACCAGCGUUUCUCAACCUUUGUUGAGCCUAGGCACAUAUUUUACAUGAGAAAAAUCUCCCAGCACCCCAUCAAUUAAAAAUGGCACCAAAGUGGGUAUGCAGGUAUGUGUAAAUUUAUGUACUGUACCUUAUGCCAUCUAUUUGGAACAGUACAGGAAGUCCUCGAUUUACGAAUGAGUUCCGUUCCUAUGCUAGCGAUGUAACACGAAUUCGCGCGUAAGUCGGAUUUCACCGUUAAAGUCGAAAUUUACGGCGAAAUACUUCUGUUACGGGUAUUGUCCCACGUGAUUGUGACAGCAAGCUCAGUGUGUGUGGGCGUGUGCGUCGAUGUGUGAGUGAGACGGGACUGCGAAGGAGGAAGGAGUAUGCGCCGGUGCGAGUGUGUACAGUAGCAACUGUAGUGACGUCGACCGGGGAAGAGUAGCGAUUAGUGGAGGACCCGUGGACGUUGAAUGUGCAGAGGAGCUAAUAAAGCCUUUAAAGCAGCAAAUCUGUGCUUCGUGCCUUUAUUGUUGCCGCCACCCAGCUCAGCUGUGCAACGAGAGAAGGGAGUUAACCGCUGCGUCUCCCGACCACGGUCAGAUGACCACUGCAGGAAAGGUUAACACUUCGUAUAAAGAAACUAAAAUACAUUAAAAUAAAAAAAUAAGAUGCUUUGCUUUACCAUUACUGCUGAGAGUGUGAAAAAAAGGAGGGCGAAAAAGGCAAAGAUACUCCCCCCGCACAAACACAGACAAGCAAUAAGCAGAAACACUAUGGUGCACAAAGCAGAAACACUAUGGUGCUGGGACAAAGUGGCCGACGAGGCACGAAGUCGAAAUGUUGUAGGUCGAGUGCGUCGUUACUCGAGGACUUCCUGUAUUUAAUUAUUUUGCCCGUCACUAUACAUCGCUGGAAUAGAUAGAUAAACAAAGACACAUUAUUGUAAAAAAAAUAAUUUCGGACCAUUUGAGUGAAAUUGUGCACAGUGGGCGGCUGGUUAGCUCAUCUGUCUCACAGUUCUGAGGACCCAGGUUCUAAUCCAGCCUCGCCUGUGUGGAGUUUGCAUGUUCUCCGCGUGCCUGCAUGGGUUUUCUCCAGGUAUUCCGGUUUUCUCUGACAUCUCCAAAACAUGCAUGGAAGAUUAAUUGAAGACUCUAAAUUGCCCGUAGGUGUGAAUGUGAGUGCGAAUGGUUGUUUGUUUAUACUGUAUGUGCCCUGCGAUUGGUUGAUGACCAGUUCAGUGUGUACCCCGCCUCUUGCCCAAAAAUAGCGGGGAUAGGCUCCAGCAUGCCUGCGACCCUAGUGAGGAUAAGCAGUACAGAAAAUGAAUGAAUGAAAUAAUGAAUCAAGUGAAAUUGGAUAAUAUACUGCAGCACAUCUGAUGAUCUCUCAUGGCACACUAAUGUGCCGCAGCACAGUGGUUGGGACUCACUUGACUAAACACAAAAACUCCAAUCACCCACUCUCCCUUCACUUCAUAGGCUCAGAUGAACACACACACACACACACACACACACACACACACACAGACAUACAUACACAAAAAAUGUACACUGUAUGGACAAAAGUAUAGUAUUGGCAUACGGGCAGUGGUUCAGUCAAGCAUUUGGGACCCCCAUGAAGAAAAACAUCACUUUUGGCCUCACCACUUCAAUACUGCCUAUGUAAAUUACUAUUUUCUAGGGGCCCUUUAAAUUGUCAUCAAUUUUGCCCCUCCUUACAGCACCUCUGUAUUUGGGGCCAUUACUCUCCUGCAGGAAAUAAAAAUGGAAGAUAUUUUCUUAAUCUUUUCCCCUUUUACCUGCUAUAUUAGCUUCCGCUCUUCUGGGAUGCUAUCUUGAAGAAAACAUGGUCAGUGAUGUUGAAGAGAAGGCCUGGCUCGCAAUUUUGUUUAUAGGUCAUUUGAUGGAAUUGCAGUCAGGGCUUUCCAUACAAAAGAGCCUCUGUCAAACAGUUACCAUAAAGCUGUAAGCACAGUUGUAAGUUGAUUGAAAGACUCUAAAUUGCCCGUAGGUGUGAAUUUGAGUUCGAAUGGCUGUUUGUUUCUAUGUGCCCUGUGAUUGGCUAGCGACCAGUUCAGGGUGUACCCCACCUCUCGCCAAAAGAUAUCUGCGAUAGGCUCCAGCACGCCCGCGACCCUCGUGAGGACAAGCGGUACAGAAAGUGGAUGGCUGGGUGUUUAGAUUAAAUAAUCAGUUGAUUAAGAGGUGUGUGUCAAUGCUUUUGUCUAUAUAGUGUGGUCUCUAGUAUGGUAAACUACCACACAUAUAUCGUCUGCUCUUAAGUUUUAAUAUUGUACCUGCCCUCCUUAUCUUGUUCAAUAAGCAAUCACCUAAUGUGUCCUUACUCGUCAGCUUUUCAUCUGCAAAAAAAUACUUUUUUUUUUUUCUUUGAAAAGUAACUUUUGGGGCAAUGGAGCAGCACAGGGUUUCACGUAGGGUCUGCUGUGUUCCAUUUAGAGAGGCAUGCAAUCAGUAUGGGCUGGAGGGAUAUGAGCACUGUGGUCUUUUGGCCGCAGUUGUUUAGCCUUGGGGCGUAGGAGAGGGUAAAUGUUAAUAUAAUCAUCAUUGCACUCAUCUACACACACAGACAUGCACGAAUCAUGUGUAUGAAUGGGCCGCUGACCACUCUACGCACAGGUAUUCGGCAGCUGAAUAUCAUCAUGCAGCGAUAACGUCUUGGCUGACCUUUUAGCCAAAUUGUUCUUUCCUGACGCUGCAGAUUAAAAGAAAACAGAAUUAUGCCAAAACCAAAAUGUCAAACGUCAACAUUCGUGCCUCUAAUUUUUCUGAGUGCAUGACCGUAACCUCCAGUGGAUCUAAAAAUGUCUACACAUCCCUGUUUGAAUGUUAGUUUUUUUGUGAUAUAAAAAAUGAGACCAAUAUAAAUCAUUUUAAAAUGUUUACCACUGUUAAUGUGACCUAUAACCUGUACAACUCAGUUGAUUAAAGAAAAAAAAAUUUAAAUAGGUGAAGUAAAUGACUAAAAUUAGAUUAUCUCCCAUUUUUCCACGUGUUUGGAAUUUGAUUUUAUUUUUUAUGGGAAAGAAGGUUGAAUAUUUUGGGGCCAUAAUUUGCAAAAUGUUAAAUAUUUUUGGCGUAACACAAAAUCAUCACUAAAAGAAAAUCCUGCCUACAUUGAAACAAGGUGGUGGCAGUAUCCCCGCCUCCUGCCCGAUGAUAGCUGGGAUAGGCUCCAGCAUGCCCGCGACCCUAGUGAGGAGAAGCGGCUCAGAAAAAGCGGCUCAGAAAAUGGAUGGAUGGAUGGAUGGAUGGAGAUUUUUUGGGGGGUGAGUGAGAGUUUUUUGGGUGUUUCGAGAGUUUGGAGUGUUUUUGUUGUAGUUUUUUUGGUGUACGUGAAAAUGUUUUGGGUGUGGGUGAGUUUAGUUUUUGAAAGUGAGUUUUCUGCUGAAUGUGAGGUGUGUGUGAGAAGUUAUUGGGUGUCAGUAUGACCCUUUUUUUUGGUGAAUGUAAGCGUUCUUUUGGGGGGAGGGGUUUGGGUAAGUGAGAGAUUUUUGAGUGAGUGAUGGAUUUUGGUGUAUGUGAAAGCUCUUUUGGUAUUUAAGAUGUUUUUUUGUUGAGUAUGAUGGGUUUUUCGUGUAAGUGAGAGUUUUUAUGGUGGAUGUGAGGUUUUUUUUGUUAGUUUUUUUUUUUAUAAAUGUGAGGUUUUUUUGGCAUGUGUGAGGGUUUUUUUGGGUUCAUAUGACUUUUUUUUUAUGUUUAUUUAAAUAUUUUUAAAUAUUAUUUUUGGCCUAUACAGCACCUCGUAUUAAUGCAGUGAAAUAAUUGCACACCUUUUUUUCCCCUGGCGCUUUCACUUGAAAUGUACAUGUAUAUUGCAGCAUAGCUGAAGUAGACUUCACCUAAAGGCAUCGUCACUGCAAUCUUCUUUUCUUCUUUUUUUCAUUAUUAUUAUUAUUAUUUUUACAUUUUAUUUUUAAAAAGGUAAAGGGUAUGUAUGGAUGGCAAGCUAUGCAAAUGCACCGUCAUGGUUACACACGUGAGGACCGAGGGUUCCCCCUACUGGAUGACUUACAGUAACUUGUGCUCUCUAAGCGUUUUGAAUUAUAUAAUACACUCCCCUCAGACAGCCACUACAUUCACGUCUUUUUACUUAAAUCAUGAGAGGAUUUAGCACAGUUGUAUUAGAAUUUGAUCCCCAAAAAAGCCAACAAGAAUUUUAUUGUAUUGUAAUUUACUGCCAGAUAUAUUUACAAGAGCCUAGAAGCAUAGAAAAUACAAACUAAUACUCUUGGUAGGAUGUCGUUGCACUACUUGUGGUACUCUAUGAUAAAUUAUUCCACUCCCUGCUGUAAUGUAGCAUCAGUCUGAACACAAUUAGAAUGACUAGGGUCUUUGUCAUGACUUUUUAUACAUAAUUUAGGAGACGUCUAACUGAGUUAUGUGCAGAAAUUAGGUCAAAACUUACUGGUGCAGUGAGGUUUGUUGCUAGAUUUUAAGGCUAUAAAAAAUAUAAUGUAUAUCUUUGUGACUAUAUGAUGCAGUAAAAUGAACACAAUGCUGGACUUGAGAUCUCAUCUGUGAGAAACCUAGUUAUAAGCCUGAAAUUAUAUCAUUAACAAAUGCAGUAGGAAAGUAAUUAAUUUAAAAAAAGUUUUUUCAUUAAAUGUGUUGGUAAAUGAAUAUUAAAUGCAGUAAAUCUGUAUGCUGUUGUUCAUUAAUGUUUUAUGUUGGUUAAAACAAUAAAUUUUGUAAGACCUGGAAAUUUUUGUAUUGAAUGUGAUGCUGUCUUAAAUUUUUACAAAGUAAAUUUGACGGAAAGGAAA